AUUCGACAUUCGUUGUUUUUACUUAAAGUUGUUAAUAUCUGAUCUACGGAACAAUCACAUUAUUGCAAAACGAAGAUAGAAUUUCAAGGAACAUAUACGAAACUAAAUUACAGAAUAUUUCUGCUUGUUCUCUUAGGCAAAUUUAAAGAGCACUUUUAAAUUACUCUAUAAAAAAACAUUAGAUGAUAUUAUAUGUAUAUACAAGGCUUAAUUUGAGCGUGGACUCUAAAGCUGAAAACAAUGACGAGUUUGGAAAAAGGUACAACGGAACAAGAAAAUGAAGAAGAGAUUUGUGUUCAGAAUAAAAAAGGGACAUUAGCACAGAAUUCAGAUAAUAAUAUAAAUGGCAAUGAUAGCUUAGGAGCUAACACAAUCAUGGUAUCUGAAAGAUCUGCCAGCAGAGAUGAUAACAAAAAGCCAGAAAGCAAAUUAAUUACAGAGGAAAACGGUACGGGAGGACUUUGCAGCAAUUUAGAAACACAAAACAAACAAGAAUGUUCUCUUGAAGUCAAAAAAGAUAUCAAAGAUGAUAACACAAACAAAAGCUUAGGUCAUGAAAUAAAUGAAUCAGUAAACACUGCCAGCGAAUUUUUAGGGAAAAAAAAAGACACGGACAAAGAUAUUUCAGAGCAUAAAGCUUAUGAACAAAAUUUUGAAAAAGACGAACAAUUUUCAAAUGACGAUUACGCUGAACAUAUUUCUUACCAGGAGGAUGGAUCGGCGAUAUUUGUUGAUCCCAAAACAAAGAUAAAAUAUAAAUUUUCCGAUAGUACUAACAGUUGGGAACAAAUUGAAGAUGAUACAAUUAAAACAAAUCCAUACGAAAAUGAACACUAUCGAUGGUGUUUCGAAACGAACCAAUGGAUACCUAAAACUCAAACAAAUGUGCAGUAUUCAUUUGUUGAUGGCUUUCACACGUACAAAGACGAAGAUGGUACCGUAUUUUUUUAUGACGAGAGUAAAAAAGCAUGGUUUCCAAAAAUUGAUGACGAUUUCAUGGCUAUUUAUCAACUUAAUUAUGGCUUUGAUAAAGAUGGUAAUCAAAAUCGGAAAGUUGUUGACGAAGAUGGAUUUAAGAUUCCAAUAUCAAUCAAGGAAAAUAUAGCUGAAAAAAGUCAAAAUAAGAAACAAGAUAAAGAAUCGAAAACUACAGAAAAAGUGGAACAAAAUAAGAAGCGCAAAGCACCAGAACCACCAAAGUGGUUUGAUAUUACCCCAGAACAAAAUACGAAAGUGUAUGUUUCAAAUCUUCCUCUAGAUAUAACUGAACAGGAAUUCAUUGAUGUAAUGAGUAAGUGCGGUUUGAUAAUGAAAGACCAAAAUACACAAAAGUUUAAAAUCAAACUAUAUGUUGAUUCAAACGGAAUUUUGAAAGGCGAUGGCUUAUGCGAUUAUAUUAAGGUAGAAUCAGUUGAUUUAGCUUUGAAAAUCCUUGAUGGAUACGAUGUUCGCGGAAAGCAAAUAAACGUUCAAAGAGCAAAGUUCGAAAUGCGAGGCGAGUACAAUCCGGCUUUAAAACCAAAAAAGAAAAAAAAAGAUAAGCAAAAAUUAGCGAAAUUAAAAGAAAAACUUUUGGAUUGGCGGCCAGAUAAAAUGCGCGGCGAAAGGUCUAAGCAUGAGCGAGUUGUUGUACUGAAAAACCUUUUCGACCCACAAAUUUUCAACGAAAACGUUGAAUUAAUUUUAGAGUACCAAAACGACCUCAGGGAGGAGUGUAAAAAAUGCGGUAACGUUAGAAAAGUAAUUAUAUAUGAUCGCCACCCAGAUGGUAUAGCGUCCAUAUCUAUGUCGUGUCCUGAAGAAGCGGAUUUAGUUGUUCAAUUAAUGAAUAGAAGAUUUUAUGGAAAACGAAGGUUAGUUGCCGAAAUAUGGGAUGGCAAAACAAGAUAUAAAAUUGAUGAAACAACAAAUGAAAAGCAAGACAGGUUAUCAAAUUGGGAUAAAUUUUUAGAUGGUGAAAACAACGAAAAGUCAAGUGAAAUUAAAAAUGUAAAAACGGAUGAAAUAGUGUUAAAAGAUAUAAAAAAUAGCGAAAUUCCGGAGACUUUUUCUGAAUCUGCAGAAGAUGUUGUUACCAAAACUGUGAGCAAUAUUGAGCCUCAGGUUAUUUAAACUUAAUUUUUGUAUUAAUAUUACAGGUAAAAAAUACGUUAUACUUAAAUUUAAGUAGAAAUAUUUUUAGCAUAUGUAAAUAUUAAUUAAGUGCAUAUUUAAAUGUAAUAUGUAUAAGAAAAUAAAGUUAGUUUAUGGAUAUCAGAUUUUAU